AUGAAAAUUAAAAGAAUGAAUUUUAAAAACAAAAAAUUUAAAGUUUUAAUAAUUGUUAUUGUUAUGACAUUUAUCAUUGUUCUAAAUUAUAACACCAUAUUAAAUAACAGUACUAUACAAUCAAACAAUAAUAAAAAUAAUAAUAACAUAAAAAAAAACAAUAAAGAAAAAGAAUAUACUUUAGAAAAUGAUAUAGAUGUUUUAAUUGAAAAUGAUAAAAAUAAUAAUAAUAAUUUAAAAGAAGAUAAUAUAAAAAACAACUUAAAUCAGUUAAAUAUAGAUCAUAAAAACGGAGGGGAUUUACCAUUAGAAAAAGUUCAUAGAAAAAGUGCUCAAGAUAAGAUAAAACCAAUCAAAACCAAAGAUAAGAACCUAUAUGACUUUUUAAUCGAAGCUAAAAAACUAAAUGUUCAAGUGAAUAUUAGAAAAACAAAUGAAAACUGGUUUGAUAGAGUAAAGAAUCAAUUAAAAAUAGAAAAAAAAGUGUGCCACUAUAGCAACCAUAGAAACUAUAAUGAGAAACCUGUUCGAGUAACAAGGUCAUUAACAGUACCAAAAGACAAUGUUAAAUGUGAUCUACCAUGCAAAGUUGUACGUUAUGGUGACAAUAUCGAUGCAUCUGUAUACUCCAGAGAUAAUUACUGUUCAAAGUCUAUUUUUGAAACUUUAGAAAAUGUUAAACCCUUCGAUAGAUAUGAUAUAGUUUCAACUACUUCUUUGGACUCUGAUGUAAUUCUAGGGUACUAUGCAUGGCACGAAUAUCCAUAUUUCAAGAAACCCAAAGCAAAAGUCCAUAAUAAAGAUCAAGGUUUAGUAGCAGCUUUCAUUAGUAACUGUUCUCCCGAAUAUAGACUAAAAUAUAUAGAUAAACUCAUCGAAUAUGGUGUAAAAGUAGACUCAUAUGGUUCAUGUAGACACAACAAAAACCAACCUGAAUCAUCCAGAGACUAUAAUGGAGCAAAAUUAAAUAUUGCCGAAUCAUAUAAAUUUAUAAUGGCAUUUGAAAAUAGCGAAACUGACGAUUAUGUUACAGAGAAAUUUUUUGGUGCAUUGGCUUGUGGAACUGUACCUCUUUAUCAUGGAGCACCCAACGGUAAAAAAUAUUUCCCAAGACCAAAUGCAGCAAUUUUUGUGAACGAUUUUAAAUCACCAAAAGAAUUAGCAGAUCAUUUAUUAUAUUUAGAUAAAAACGAUAAAGAGUAUGAAAAAUUUUUCGAUUAUAAAAAAUAUGGACCAACAAAAGAAUGGAUGAGUAUAAUAGAUAACUCCAAAGUAAAUGACGAUUGCAGAACAUGUAUCAAAGUAGCAGAUCUUCACAGAAAGCAAGUGGGUAUGGUAAUGAAUAAAAACGAAUCAAUGCAACUAGUACCAAAAUCAUUUAAGCCAGAUCAAGGUAUUGUUGUAUAUAUAAGAGAAAAAAGUACAUUUUGGUUCACCUCCGUUGCUAUACCUUACAACUCCACCUAUCUAAAUAUUAUAGAAAUUAUUUCAAACUCAUUACCACACAAAGGUGAAAUCUAUGAAGCAUACGAUCUUUCAAAUAAAAACAUUUUAAUCUCAAAUGAAAAAUUAAAACACUCUGAUAAAAUAGAACUAUUUCAAAAUCAAGAAAUUGAAGUCAUCUUUAUAGAUUUAAACUUUUUCUUUAAUUCAAAAAAAUUAAAUUUAGGCGAAGAAAUAUAUGAAUCAAAUCAUUUUUAUAACCAGACAUAA